CCCCCGCUCGCCCCGGGCUCCUUCUGCUCAGCUGGGGGCUGCGUGAAGACCUAGAUGGUGUCCGCUGCCGCCGCCCCCGUCGCCUGUGACCCGCCGAGGCCUGGAGAGUCCCAGGCGAGGGUCGCCGGGAGUUCGGAGAUGAACUCAGUGGCCUUUGACGAUGUGGCUAUAAACUUCACCCAGGAGGAGUGGGCUUUGCUGGAUCCUUCCCAGAAGAAUCUCUACACGGAUGUGAUGCAGGAAGUCUUUAGGAACCUGACUUCUAUAGGAAACAAGUGGGAAGACCAGAACAUUGAAGAUAGGGACAAGAUUCUUCAGAGAAAUCUAAGACACAUCAUAACUGACUCUGAACCCAACCCAUGUGAGAGUGAAGAAUAUCCAGAGAAGCCAUGUAAAGUUAUACAGCACAGGAACUCCCUCGCUUCUCUCACAAGUGUUCAAAGACACAUGAUAAUGGACCCUGGAAGUGGACCAUAUAAAUGUAUGAUCAUAGUGAAAUAAAACUAGAGGCUGACAGGAAGAGGAACCACAGAAGAUUUACAAAUACAUGAAGAUUGAAUGAUAAUCAGAUAUUCAAAUGGGUCACUGAAAAAAUCAGGGAAGAAGUUAAAAAUAUUCAUAGAAUCUGAGCUGGGGAGCUGGAGCAGUGGAGAAAGUUCUUGCCAUGCAAUCAUGAAUACCCGAGUUCAGGUCCCCAUACUCGACAUAAACGCCAGAAGCUAUAGUGGGCUUCUGUCAUCCCAUUGUGCCUAUAGUCAGAAGGAAGGCAAAGACAGUAGAAUGACCUGGAUGUUUGAAAACAGUGGUGAAAAAGAGACACUGCCUCAAACAUGCUGGGAAGCAAGAACUGACCUGAAAGUUGUCCACUGAUAUCCACACACUCGGCUGUGGUAUGACACUGAUAUCCACACACACGGCUGUGGUCUGACAUACUUGCACUCACGUACACAUACAUACCAAGUAAAUAAAUAUUAAAAUAAUAAUUCCUAGAAUCAAAUUAAAAUGAAAAUACCAGUUUUCAGAAACUGUAGCACAUAGGAAAGAUAGCUAUGAAAGGAAAUUGUAUACUUAUCAAUGCCUGUAUUAAAAAAUCAGAAAAAUAAACAUUUCCCAACGCAUUCUGCAAAGCCGCUGUUACCUUAAUGACCAAACUGGGUAAGGAUACAACAAAUACCUAAGUGGGAUUCCAAGUACCCAGUGCCACUGGAACUGCAAAUCCUGGAGUUGGAAAGUCCUCAGAAGAGCACAAGCAAACACCAGAGGAGGGGCUUGGAAACUUGAAAUUGACUUCCAGUGUACACAACCCUUUCUCCUCAUCCUACCACAAACUGGAUAAAGGGAUUGCUUCCAGGCUGCAGAUAUGGCUCAACCUCCAACAAGGAAAUUCUCCAACAAGGAAUAGCCAGGAAACUUCCCACACCCACAGAUUCCGAGGAAGUUUGCAACCCUGUACUGUGGCCUGGCUUAGUACUUAGUGUCUGAACGAACAGAACUACCUGUUCCAAGCAAGAGAGGAAUUCUCAGCAGAGGAGUCAUCAUUCUAGGAAUUGAAGAAGCCCAGACAGCAGCCACGUAUCAGCCCCCUUAGGUAUUUGUAACCUCAGGUUACUCAUUUGAGCUCAUCGGUUGCUCUUAAGCAUUCCCAGCUAUAAUUUUGCCCCUCGGGUUUGUCUUAGCUGUUUUCCAAAGUUUAUAGAUUAUCUCUUCAUUUUCAGCCAUUAAGUGUUUCUAAAACUUUUUGACAGUGUGUAUGUAUAUGCGUUUGCGUGUAUAGAUUGUAAUUCCUCCCAGUUACAUUUUCUUGUUCCCCCUCCCCUUCCACUGGACCCCCCCCUUUUUUUCCCUCCUCUAUCAUGCAUGACUGAAUGUUGACGGGCCCAAUAUAUUCUGUGUAGGUAACCACAUUGCUUUGAGGUUAAAAUGCCGCAGCCAAGUCAUCCUGGAAGUGUUCCAAAGCACUCCUCCCCCAUUCCUCUGGCCCUUACAUUCUUCGCACCCCUCUUCCUCAGUGUCCCCUGAGCCUCAGAGAGGGUAAUGACAGGUGUCUCAGUACUGAGCACUCAAUACUUUACUGUCGGUAGUCUGAUGAGUUUUGAGUCUCUCCAGGAGGCAUCAGGCAAAUCUUCUAAUGUCCCCUUUGACUAAUUCUUUUACCCAUUUGUAUUUUGGGGUACAUUAUCUGCACAUCUGAGCUUCUCAAAAUUUCCUGUUAUUGAACUCCAGGCUUAGCUAGACAUAAUGGCAAGUGCAUAUUGUCCCAGCUGUGCAGGAAGCCGGGGUGGAAGGAUCCCUUGAACACACAGGCUCGAGACCAACCUGGGCAACAU